AUGAAGGCAGGCAGCAGCAGGAGGCAGCCGCUCGCUGUCACACUACACACCGCCAGGCAAGACAUGCUGCUCUCACUCACACCAGCAGGCACGCCACGCUGCCCUCACUCACACCGCCAGGCACACCACGCUGCUCUCACUCACACCACCAGGCACGCCAACGUCACGCUGCCCUCACUCACACCGCCAGGCACACCACGCUGCUCUCACUCACACCACCAGGCACGCCAACGUCACGCUGCUCUCAUUCACACCGCCAGGCACGCCACACUGCUCUCACUCACACCGCCAGGCACACCACGCUGCUCUCACUCACACCGCCAGGCACGCCAACGUCACGCUGCUCUCAUUCACACCGCCAGGCACGCCACACUGCUCUCACUCACACCGCCAGGCACGCCAACGUCACGCUGCUCUCAUUCACACCGCCAGGCACGCCACACUGCUCUCACUCACACCGCCAGGCACACCACGCUGCUGUCACUCACACCGCCAGGCACGCCACACUACCCUCACUCACACCGCCAGGCACGCCACGCUGCUCUCACUCACACCGCCAGGCACACCACGCUGCUCUCACUCACACCGCCAGGCACACCACGCUGCUCUCACUCACACCGCCAGGCACACCACGCUGCUCUCACUCACACCGCCAGGCACACCACGCUGCUCUCACUCACACCGCCAGGCACACCACGCUGCUCUCACUCACACCGCCAGGCACACCACGCUGCUCUCACUCACACCGCCAGGCAGGCCACGCUGCUCUCACUCACACCGCCAGGCACACCACGCUGCUCUCACUCACACCGCCAGGCAGGCCACGCUGCUCUCACUCACACUUAA